CUCAGUUCGAGAUUUUCUGAAGCAGUUCGAAGAGUUCGUCGCAGAAAGUUUUCGAGGGAAGACCGAAAGUAAAAACUCGGUCGAGCAAGAUGUUCCAAAAAGUGGUCGCCUGUUUGUUAAUCUACGUCUUCUUCGCGAUGAAAGUGCAGGGCGACAUAUUGAGCGAGGUUGUUACCCCAGAUCAGGUAUCGGCCUUCCGGACCUCUUUGCAGCAGGUCUUCGGAGGACCUGGACAAGUCAUGGACGUCGUUUCCAACAGCGCGUUCUCCGCGUGGGAAAAUCGACCGGACCUUCCGAUCCCGCUACAGGUGCCACCCAGUAUCCUGGCUUUGCGAAAUUUGGCAGGACAGCUACCCACCCCGGCGUCUCCAGCGUCUCCACCGGCUCAGCAACCUGUUCCGCCGAUAGAGAAACGAUAAUUCAUACCUCCAACUUUCUCCCUGGGCAGUCGGAAGAAGACCCAUCACGCCACGUUGGAUUCCUCCGAGUUGCGGCGCUCCGACGGAGCGUCAUGCCCGAGGGCACUGAAAAUUAAUAGUUUGAAUAAAUGCAAAGCAAAAGCGCCUGUUAAUCUAUGACUGCUCUAGAAAUGAGCCGUUCCAAGCUGGGAGCCAACCUUUGCCGAGGUAAUUCCGACGCGGUCGAAGAAGCGUAUAUUACCUGUCCGCAUACUUCCACGGACAUGGUGCGAUUACGAGUUCGCGAGAAAAUCCCCGACAUUGCAGUCACACGCGGAUGUUUAGUGUGAAUUAAUAAAUCGAUCGGCUCGUAUCUUAA